CUUCAUAUGUUUUUUGUUCAAUCAAUGUAAGACGAAUAUUUGGCCAUUUGAGUGAAUUUUCCCCAAUCUCCUGUUGCGCUAAGCAUACCGCAGUCCGCAGAUAGGCAGACGGUGAGAGCCUGAGACGCAGACUGCAAAAUCCUCACCUUCGCCGCCCAUCAUCUAUCAGUAGUCCUAAUCUGAAAUCUCAGCCAUCGUCCACCGUCCGUCGUCCGCCAACAUCGCCUCGCCUCACACCGGCAGCGGCACUUGGCAGUAAGUUACUAAAUUAUUACUCCGAAGAAAGUAAAUGUUUGGUUAUUUAGAAGGACUUGGCAAAAAUCUUACGACCUCACCCUGAGGAAAGCCAAUUGAUCAGUCAAUGGUGAAGUAUGCACAAAAUCUUGCUUUUGCCAAUUCAAUCAUCUCUUCAACUGCAACAAUCCCCACAAAAAUCGGUGCUCUCUUUACGCGUUUCUUGAUCACAUCAUUAGCAGAGACCUCAUCUUCUGCGGUGUAUUCCUCAGAUUCAGAAAUCAGAUCAGGUGUACAAGUUGAUCAUAAAUGUUUCACUUCAUCUCUUGAUGUUAUUGACGACAAGGACCUUCUUAGAAAGGCUCCUAAUGGGGAGCUUUUGGUGCUUGGACUUAUUGACAGGGGUGCAAUGGAACCAGAUGCCACUUUGUAUCACAAACUCAUCAAGAAAUGUGCUGAAUGUAAAAGACUCAAAGAAGGUAGAGUAGUUCACAAGCAUUUCGUUCGUUCCAGGUUCAACCAUUACGUUGUUCCUUACAACACGCUAAUUAAUAUGUAUUCCAAGUGUGACAGUAUGCAAGAGGCUCAGCAGGUGUUCAAUGAAAUGCCUGAAAGGGAUAUGGUUUCUUGGGCUACUUUGAUUACUGGAUAUUCCCAAAACGAGAGGGCUGUUCAGGCAUUGGCUAUGUUUCAUGAGAUGUUGAGGGCUGGGUUCAUGCCUAAUGAGUUUACUUUUGGGAGUGUUCUCAAGUCUGCUGGUGCUGCACCAACUGAUAGUAUGAUUGGUAGGCAAAUACAUGGGGUUUGCUUGAAAUAUGGAUAUGAGGAGAAUGUGUAUGUUGGGAGUGCUCUUUUGGAUAUGUAUGCCAGAUGUGGACAAAUGGAAGAGGCAAUGUUUGUCUUUCAGGCAAUGAGGAGCAAGAAUGAGGUUUCUUGGAAUGCUUUGAUUGCGGGACAUGCUAGAAAAGGGGAAGCAGAGAAUGCUGUGAAUCUUUUCUCAGGUAUGAAGAGAGGUGGUUUUUACCCAACCCAUUAUACUUUUUCAAGUAUUUUCACUGCUUGUGCAUGCAGUGGAGCUUUGGAGCAAGGCAAGUGGGUGCAUGGGCAUAUGAUAAAAUCAGGCUUAGGACUUAUUGCUUUUGUUGGCAAUACUCUUCUCAAUAUGUAUGCUAAGUCAGGUAGCAUUAAUGAUGCCAAAAAAGUUUUCUACCGAUUGGUAAAAAAGAACAUAGUUUCGUGGAAUUCAAUGCUUACUGCCUGUGCUCAACAUGGUCUUGGGAUGGAAACUGUGGAGCUCUUUGAAGAAAUGCUUAUAGAGGGACUUGAGCCUAAUGAGGUGACCUUCCUGUGUGUGCUUACCGCUUGUAGCCAUUCCGGACUUCUAGAUAAAGGAAUGCAUUAUUUUGAAUUAAUGAAGAAAAUGAAGGUAGAAUAUGAUAUUUCACAUUAUGUGACAAUAGUUGAUUUACUUGGUCGAGCAGGUCAACUAGAUCGUGCUCAGAGUUUCAUAAAAGAUAUGCCAAUUGAACCCACUGCAGCCAUCUGGAAAGCAUUGCUUGGAGCUUGUAGAAAGCACAAAAAUAUGGAGUUGGGUGUCUUUGCUGCUGAGCGUGUAUUUGAACUUGAUCCUUAUGAUUCAGGACCCCACAUAUUACUGUCCAAUAUCUAUGCCUCUGCUGGUAGGUUGAGUGAUGCUGCAAAAGUGAGAAAGGCAAUGAAUGACAGUGGAGUAAAGAAAGAACCUGCAUGCAGUUGGUUGGAACUUGAGAAUGCUGUCCACGUGUUUGUGGCAAAUGAUGAAUCUCAUCCACAUAGAGAGGAGAUCCGAAAGAUGUGGAAGAAGAUGACUGAAAAAAUUAAGGAAAUUGGAUAUGUCCCUGACACAAGCCAUGCCCUUUGGUUUAUGGACCAGCAGGAGAGAGAAGAGAGGUUGCAAGAGCAUAGUGAAAAGCUAGCUUUAGCGUUUGGGCUUCUCAAUACUCCGGCUGGAUCCACUAUCCGGAUCAAGAAGAAUAUUAGAGUUUGUAGUGAUUGUCAUACAGCAUUUAAAUUUGUUUCAAAGGUGGUUGACAGAGAGAUCAUCUUGAGAGAUACCAAUCGGUUCCAUCACUUCUGUAAUGGUUCUUGUUCAUGUGGAGACUACUGGUAGCAAAAAAGGUUAUUGCUUUUAUGCAACACUAUUCAAGUUUCUUUUGAUGGUGGUUGACAACUUGGCGAAGAAAUCCUAUUGAGAGACUUCGAUCGGUUCCAGCACCUUUCUAAUGGUUCUUGUACAUGUGGAGAUUGCUGGUAGCACAAAGCUCGUUGCUUUUAUGCAAUGGUUGGUGUUCAAGUUUGUUUCAAUGAUAGUAUACAGAUAAAUCGACUUGAGAGACACCUGGAGGUUAGUGAUAGCACAGAAGACAUUGCUUUCUAUGCAACAAUUGACUGCUGAAGACACAAUUUCCAAGAGAAAUGUGGAUUAUGUGAUAGGAUACCAUUCCAUACGAGUUAUGAGCUACUGAUUAUGGCCAUUACUCCAUCAGAUAUGUCAUGUGGACUAAGACUGGUUUCCCCCACCCUUUACUCCAAGUACAAGUCACAACCUGGAAGACCAAAAAAACUAAAGAAAAGGGACAAGACUGAGAAUGAGAUGAGUUUAAGUUCCACCAAGUUGAGAAAGGUUGGGGAGAAAAAGAGAUGUUCUGUUUGUGGCAUGGCUGAGCAUAAUAAAACAACUUACAAGAAGACGUCUACUAUGAAGAGGAUCACAAGUUCCUCAACUGUAGCUGCAACAGCUGCAAAAUCUUGAACCCAGCAGAUUUAGAAUCCUAAUCCACAAGAAUGCAGAACCAUCCAUAGCCAGAAGAAAUGCAAAUACUUCUCCAUAGGUUCUUAUUCGUGUCCGAGAUGCAUUAUAGUGGGCUAUUGUUAGCAUCCCAAACAGACCACACUGCCAGCAAAACACAUGGUCGUGUCACCCCGUGUCAUAGCCGCGUCACCUAGACAUAAAAGGACACGACUAUGACACCCCCUAGACACGACUGUGUCGACGCCACCCCCAAUCCCACGUUGAAAUUCACACUCGAGUAUCCACUAGACGUUCCUUCAAAACCCCCAUGACGCCAACUACCAGCUCCGGCUCAAUGAACACAUCCUAUGGUACUUCAUCACAUAUUCACAUGACUCGUGGCUCUACAGGUAACAAAGUUUUGAUUGCAUGUGUAGAAGAUUCCAAGCCCACCUACUAGUCUCAAGCCGUGAAGAGCUUUGAAUGGCAAACAACAAUAGACAAAUAAUUCAGCGUUCUACUACACAACAACACUUGGAAACUAGCUCCAAAUGAAUAAGAUAUGAACGUUAUUGACCGCACGAGCU